UAGUAAUAGUAGUAGUAAAACCACGAACGACCAUGUAGAUAAUUAUACAUAUAACACUAAUGAUUAUAAAAAAAACUAUAAAAAUGAUAUUACUGAUUCAGAAUAUAAUACUAGUUAUAAUUAUAAUAAGGGAUAUAUUAUAAUGAAAGAAGAACAAAAAAAAGAAAAAUCGAAUUUGACUAAAAAUACUAAUUUGUUAGAUUUAAAAAAUACUUAUAUUUGUAAUGAACUAAAAACGAAUAUACAAAACUGUACAGAUGGUGCAAAUUGUACUGGCGGUACAAACUACACAGAUGAUAACAAAAAUUAUAUACACCCAAAUGUAAUAAUUACUAAUUAUAAUAGUUUACAUAAGAUGAAGGUUGAGGAAAAUAUACUUAUUAAUUUAUAUAAUAAAGAGAAACAAAACUCAAUAUAUAAUACUAAUAUUGAUAUAGUAACAGCUAAUGCUUACGAACAAAAUAAAAUAAACACUGAACAUGGAAGUUGUUUUAAUUCCAACGAAAAUGGUAAUUAUAUAAAAGAUAACGAAAGUGUGGUUUAUUAUGAUGGUAAUAGUAUGGACAAUGGAAAUAGCAAUAAUUACAUUUGCAAUAAUAAUAGUAAUAUUAAAAAAAUAUGUUGUGUUAGUAGUGUUAACGAAAACAAUUUUAACACUAACAAUAAUAAUAUUCGAAUAAAUAAUAUUUACAAUAAUCAAAUACAAAAUUUAUAUACAAACAACUUUACAGUAAAUACAGGAAACACAAAAGAUAAUAAAAAUAGGAGCUGCGAUGCGAGUUAUAAUAUGAGCUGUGACGCGAGUUAUGCAAAUUGCAACGUCAGUUAUGAUGCAAAUUGCAAUGCCAUUUGUGAUGUAAAUUGCAAUGCCAUUUGUGAUACAAAUUGCGACACCUUUUAUAAUGUAAAUAAUAUACCUGUGGAUGUUAAUACUAAUAAUGGUGUUAAUGAGUCGUACUAUUCUUCAAUUGGUAACUCCGAUGUGAUUGAUAAUAUGAUUGUGUUGAACAAUGGCUACACCCAAACGAGUUUUAAUAACAAUAAUAUUUCUAUGUAUUUAAAUAAUUAUAUACAAAAAAGAAAUGACAAAUGUAAAAUGAUAAAGGAUUCAUGUAAUAUUUUAGAAAAUAAAAAUAAAACAUACGAAAUGAAUUUAAAUUUAAAAAAAAAAUUACUAAGUUUAUUUAAAAUGAAACAAAUAAUAAAAAGUCAAGAAAAGAUUGAAGAGUCGAAUAUAAAUAUGGCCAACAAAAAUCUUCAAAGUAAAAGUAGUAUGUUAAAUGAAAUGGAAAAUAAGGAGGAAUACGAAAUAAGUUGCAAACUGGGUGAGCAAAUAAAUAAAUUAAUCGUAGCAAAAAAUAAAGAAGAUAACAAAAAAAUUGAAAGUAAAAAAAUUGAAAGUACAAAAGUGAACAUUAAUGACGUGGAGCACGUGGAGUAUUUAAAAAUAAACAGCACAGAAAAGGCAAAAAAAAAAAAAACAAUUAUAAUAAUAAUAACAGUGAUUUUAAUUGUGAACAUAUGUUUAGCACUGUACAGGAAAAAAAAAAAAAAAAUUGCAACAUUCUUUUAUUGA